CGCUAGAGGCUUUAUCUGAGCUCGGGAGAGAGACAGGAGCGCUCGGCGCAGGGUAACGGGGAACAGAUGUCAUAUCGGUGAUAUCGGUCAUAUCGGUCAUAGCUCGUCCGGGCCGUGGGUUUUAGGAAAAAACAAAACACAAAUCUCUACAAAUGGGUGAAAAGGAAGAAGAGUUUCCUGCUGGUUCUCAGGAAUAUGAAGAUGAUUUUGAGAAAGAUCUUGACUGGUUAAUAAAUGAAGAUAAUGAGAAUGGCGCAGGGCCCCAGAAUCACACUGGUGAAGAACAUAUUGACGAUUUAAAGCUGAAUACUAAUCGUUUAGAGAAAGAAAAUAAAGAAAAUAAUCAUUCAUAUAGUGAAACAGAAUCUCCAUCAGAUGGUGUUUACUCUGAAGCUAAUUCCCUAGAGACUAUGAUAGAAGGUGAAGACAAUUUUAUUGAUGAUGAGGAAGCAAAACGAUAUAUUGCAGAGAAAAUUGAGCAAGCUAAUAAGCAAUUGGAGAAUGAAACUGUAGAUGAAAACCGAGAGAGAAAGUUGAAAUUCAAGGACAAUUUGGUAGACUUAGAAGUUCCCCCACUCGAAUAUGUUGAAUCUGAAAGAAGUGAAGAAGAUGUAGUUGAUAGCUUAUCUCAAUUACAUGUUUCUGAAGUUCCAUCAAAGGAAAAUGAGCACCAGCUCGAGAAUGGAAGUUCGGAGGAGGAACACAAGGAAGGAAAAAUCUUAGUGGAGAAAGAUGGAAAGUUUGAACUUGUUAACUUACAAGAUAUAGAAAGUUCACAUUUUCUACCACCAAUAAAUAACGAGAAAGAUCCUUCAAAACAUCAAGUCAGGUUGCAGCAAUCAGACAUGUUUGGUACUUCACCUUGUGAAAAGGGUUUCAUCAAGCAGAAAGCUAGCAAUAAUAUUGAAGGUUUUUAUCCUAAACCACCUUCUCAACCCAAGGGCCGUCCUGGAUCUGCUGCUUAUACAGUAAACUCUGUGCAGAAAUCAACGCGUAGAGUGCAGUCUGCAACUUUGCCAUCCAGAAAUACCACCUUCAGUCUAUCGCCCGAGCAAAAGCAAUUGCAAAAACGAAUUCAAGAAAAGCAAGAACGACUUAAGAAAGAGGAAGUAGAACGUCAAAAAGAAAUGGAAGAAAAUAAAAGAAAAGAGAAUGAGAUUGCAUUCAAAGCUUGGUUACAGAAAAAAAGGGGCCAGCUGUUCGAAGAGAGGAGAAUUCAACAAGCUAAGGUGUUAGAGAAGAUGAACGUUACGGCUACACUAGAAAAUUCUGAAGAGAAAAUAACUGGAAUAAGCUUUUCACAGGCAUCCAGCCUGAUGUGUGAUAUUAAGGAUGAAGAGAGAGAUCCCGAGGAAGCGUUUAACAGGUGGCUUAAGAAAAAGCAUCAAGAACAUCUAAAAGAAAGGAAGAUCGAGGAUCUAAAGAAACAAGAAGCAGCUUUUUACCUUAACGACAGAGGGGACUGUGAGAGAGCAUUCACAACGUGGUUAAGACAAAAGAGAAUACAGAAACGCAUUGAGCAUCAGGAGGCUAAAGAGCGAUCUAGAAGGCUUUUAGUGGAAGCCAGGAGAGCAAAGCAAAUGCACAAUUUACUAUACAACAUUUCCGAGACCAACUCAUUCCGUUACAUGGGUGGUUGCAAUUAAGAGAUCAUCGAUCUUCUUAUCAAAGUAAUAUGCCCUUCAACAGCUUUGUUAAAGGGAUACUCCAGGCUGUAGCUGAGACACAUCCAUUUUGUUAUCUGUACAAUUCAGAGCAAUAGCACCCAGGAAAUAAAUCAAUGUACUGUCUGUUUUUCAAUGUAACUGUCUGUUACUCCUGGCUCCUCAUUCCUGAUUGUUGGGAUAUAACCGUGAAGUUUGUCUUACAAAGGUUGCUAGGGUGAGAAAAGAGUGGAGGCAGACUAAUAAGAUGGAGCUAAGUGAAAAAAACUGUUUCAUACAAAAUGUAGCCAAUAAAGCUCAUUUAUCCUACCCUUAACUUUGUAAUUUAUUUUAAAAACUGUUUGCUCCUGAAUAGUGUUUAGGAGGGAAGGCAUUAAAGUAACUAAGGAUAAUUCACCUAGCUUUAGUGUUAAUAUCUGUAGAAUUUGCCCAGUCUGGAGUGUCCCUUUAAAAUGAUGUGGGUUCUUUGUGUUUCUCUGCAUAAAUAUUUUUACAUUUAUUUUUGUUAUUUAAAGUGUGUUAUAAAUUGUGGUUUUCAGUAACUUAUAGUAUAGAGAAAAUUAUGUUUUCAUAUUUAAUGUGGGAAACAAAUGGCAAUGCAAAUGACACCAAGCAUAUCAAACACGUGCUUGCCAGCUGCCGCUGCACUACAACUCCCAUGAUUAAUUGGUUAUCAAGUGUAUACAAAUAAUUCUUGGAGUGAUAGGCCAUAAACAUUUGGGGCCGGAGUUUUGAUUCCUGGACUAUUAGGCUAGUUUUGGCACUGUAGAGGUUCGUAAACUAUAUUUCCCAUCAUUCUCAACCCUAAAUGAAUCCGACACUUUUGUAGUGUCAAGGUUAACCUGCAUCACUCUGUGAAUUGUUCUACAAGUAUUUAUUGACUAAUGGGACAUUCCCAUGCAGCUGGAUCGAAAGUCAAAUAGGAUCGAACAUGAAUACAAAACAUAACAAACUGUUUUAUAUUUAGACAGUUCAGUGUGAGAUUUAAACAUAUUUAUGUAAAUUAAUAAUACAGUUUUAGAGUACCAUAUGAAAUUUAAAAUUUUUACAAAGAAGUGGAAUUCACCAUCCCCUGCAAUGUAAAUUUAAAGGUGAAAGGAAUCAGCGCUAAGUGUUAGAAAUAGGAAGCAGAACUUAACUAGCAAAGUAACCCUUCUAACUUUAUCACAAAAAAAAUCAAUAAACUAAAUAGCAAAAUAUAAGUUGUGCCACUAUAACAAACUUUAGAAAUUUUGAGAAAAAUUUAAACUUCAGAGAAGAUCUCAAAAGAUCUUCUGUAUAGCCCAAUAACCAUCAGUAUAAAACGGGUACAGAAAAAACGCAUUGAUGUGGUUGAGAGCUGUUAGAUAGCUCAAUGUCACUCAGCAGGAGCGAUUUUCUCUCCACUUCGGACUGCGACAUAGUGCAGCUUCAUAGAGCAAGUCAAAAGCAUGGAUUAUGCAAUCUACUGCAAUGUAUUUAUUCCUGCAGUGAUGUAAUUUAUUAAGAGGUUUAUUUCCUAAGCAGUAAAUUGUAGUGAGUCAACCAUAUCUGUUUUUGUCCAUAUAACCAGAUUUAA